GGCGGCUGACGGCAGCCUCAGUCAGGCUCGAGGGGCCGCGGGCGUGUCGAGCGCUCCCGCGCCUUCGGCUGCGUGUGCCGUGUGCGCAGCCCGCCCGCCUGCCCGCCCGCGGCUCCGGGGCUCUCACCUUGGCCUCCCUCCUCCGGCCGCUCGGCUCUCCCAGCCUCCGCGAGCUACCCGGCACCUUGCGCCCGCGAGCUAUCCCGGCUCCCGUCGGGGCCGCCUCGGGCCAUGGUGCCGUCCCAGGAGGAGCCCGCCGCCGAGCGGGAGACGAGCGAGGCGCAGCCGCCGGGGCCCGCGCCGUCCUCGGAGGACGCUCCGCUGCCCGGCCCGGGACCCUCGGAUGGCCCCGACGUGUCCGUAGAGAAAGUGGAGGUGGAGCUGGCGAGGUCAACGGGCGACGAGCCCCCCGGCGCCCCCGUGCCCCCCGAGGGAGGCUGGGGCUGGCUGGUGAUGCUGGCGGCCAUGUGGUGCAACGGGUCGGUGUUUGGCAUCCAGAACGCCUACGGGGUGCUCUACGUGUCCAUGCUGGACACCUUCGGGGCCAAGGACGAUGACAAAAUGGCCUUCAAGACAGCGUGGGUAGGCUCGCUGUCCAUGGGCAUGAUCUUCUUCUGCUGCCCCAUCGUGAGCGUCUUCACAGACAUGUUUGGCUGCCGGAAGACAGCCGUCGUGGGCGCUGCCGUGGGAUUCAUCGGACUCAUGUCCAGCUCCUUUGUAAGCUCCAUCGAACCCCUCUAUCUCACCUAUGGGAUCAUAUUUGCCUGCGGCUGCUCCUUUGCCUACCAGCCUUCUCUGGUCAUUUUGGGACACUACUUCAAGAAGCGCCUCGGACUAGUUAACGGCAUCGUCACGGCUGGCAGCAGCGCCUUCACAAUUUUGCUCCCUUUGCUUUUAAGGACUCUGAUUGACAGUGUGGGCCUCUUUCACACACUGAGAGUCCUCUGCAUCUUCAUGUUUGUGCUCUUUCUGGCUGGCUUUACUUACCGACCUCUUGCUCCCAGCGCCAAAGAGAAGGCGAGCGAGGGCAGCAGACUCUCCUUCUUUUCCAGGAGAAAGAUUAGUCCUCCAAAAAAGGUUUUCAAUCUUGCCAUCUUCAAGGUGACAGCUUACUCAGUGUGGGCUGCUGGAAUACCACUUGCACUGUUUGGAUACUUUGUGCCUUAUGUCCACUUGAUGAAGUACGUGAAGGAAAAAUUUCCAGAUGUAGAGAACAAGGAGGUGCUUUUCAUGUGCAUUGGCGUCACUUCAGGAGUUGGGCGGCUUCUCUUUGGCCGCAUUGCAGACUACGUGCCUGGUGUGAAGAAGGUCUACCUGCAGGUACUCUCCUUUUUCUUCAUUGGCCUGAUGUCUAUUAUGAUACCCCUGUGCAGCAUCUUUGGGGCCCUCAUUGCUGUCUGCCUCAUCAUGGGUCUCUUCGAUGGAUGCUUCAUUUCUAUCAUGGCCCCCAUUGCCUUUGAAUUAGUUGGUCCUCAGGAUGCUUCCCAAGCAAUUGGAUUUCUACUUGGAUUCAUGUCUAUACCCAUGACUGUGGGUCCUCCUGUUGCAGGGCUACUUCGUGACAAGCUGGGCUACUACAAUAUGGCCUUUUACCUUGCCGGAAUCCCUCCCUUCCUUGGAGGGCUUGUGCUGUGCUUAAUCCCAUGGAUUCAUAGUAAGAAGCAAAGAGACAUCACUAAAACCACCGGAGGGGAGAAGAUGGAGAAAAUGUUGGAGAACCAUAACUCUCUACUGACAGGCUCAUCCGGAAUCUUCAAAAAAGAAUCUGACUCUAUUAUUUAAUGCCAUACAUACCUCCACCUGACUGGAUUUGCUUUUGAAUUUUAAGCCAGUUUUCCUUUUAUAUGAAUUGCAGAUUUCUUAUUUUUUUAAUCAUCCUUGAAAUAGCACAAAUGGGAAAUAUAACCUUUAUUACUACAUGAACCGUUUUCUCUCCCCCAAAUAGCUUUGAUAAUUUCAGGAAUCUGAGGGAGGAGACAGGCAAACAUGUCUGAGAGUCAAACACGCGCUUUCGAAGCUAUCUCGGUAAGGAGCAGCCUCGGGAGCCGCGAAGGCUGUUAGCUGCAGUGUGCCUGGAGCUGUGCUGGCUGGGCAGCGGCCUGGCUCACACCAGAAGUGUUUUGUUGGUUGCUUCCGUCUUUAGUUCCAGUGUUUUACUUCCUUCUGCAGUUUUGAACUUUGUGCAAAAUUUAAGCCUGGAUCCUAGAUAAUGAGAGGCCAACCCAAACCUCAAGUCUGUUAAGUGAGUUAAGCUAAGAAAUUAGGAGACUCUGACAUGUUCCAUCAUCCAGGGACCUCCUGGGAGCAGAUUCCACUACAUAGAGUGGAAACAACAGAUGAAAAGAGUCCUCUGAUGUGAAGGCAGCGACCACUAACCUUUGUUCCCUUUGGUUUGUAGCGUGUUUUACUCCAGUAGCCAGAAACACCCUGAAUUUCUGAUUUUGUAUAAACAAUAAAGUAAAAUAGAAAGUAUAAAAGAUAUCUCGGCAAUUUUAACGUGGAGCUUUUCUAACUUCUGGAUUUAUCAGCACUGUAUUUACAUGUCUUUCCAGUUGGUAGAAUGGAUACAGAUCAGAGGUGGUGCAGAACCGUUCUAUCCAUUUGAGAAAUGUCUGAUAGAAAGAAUUUCUUGAACUGACUUAUGGGAUUAAUGAUUUUAAAAUGUCAAAUAUACAAAAAACAAUUCCUAAAUUUUCCAAAAAAUUUUUAGCAAAGAUUUGCAUUUGUGUUGCAGUCUUUUGCCAGUGACAGGGAUAUAUGGAGGAACCUGAUGGCAGUUGCUUUCAUUAUCUGGAUGUCAUGGAGUUUAUUUACACAAACUCAGAAGACUCCAUUGUAACCAAGAGAUAGAAUCUUCCGGCACAUAUCGUAUAUACACCUCUUCUCUGACUGGAAAAUUAAUGUGAUAUUUAUUUGCCAUGUGUUUCUUGUUAACUCCCACCAUUUCCCCUACUUAUGUCCAGACUGUAGAAGCCAAGUGAUUAGCUUUGAGGACCAAAAAUUAAAACCAAAGUUGGGCCAUGACCCAUUACUCAUUUAUAAAAACAGGAACACAUUCUUAAAUCUUUGAAAUUAUAUUGUAGACCUUUAAAAGUUAAAAUGCCAGGUAUCCUUAAAUAUUAGCCUAGGUGAAUAUUAGGUCAUAGUUGAAUGUAGCUUGCUUGUUCAUGUGAAAAGAAUAUUAUCUUUUCCUAAGCACCUCCAGGAUCCUUCUGUUGCUAAGUUAUCUGGGAGGUGAGACUUAAUUGUGUGAUCUCACUACUUGGCUUUCCCCCUUCUGUUUUUAGAAGAUAGUCCUCCCUCUCUGCACUGAUGGAGGGGUGGGGCUGCUUGGAGAGUUUAGAGACUCGUUCUUGUUGGCCAGGAGGAGAGAGAGCUGUAGACAAGUGGGAUUGUCAGUUGACAGCUGGAAGCUUUUCCUCUCAGUAACAGCUUCCUUACUUAACAUCUUGGGAGAGUUCACAGCCUAAAUGCGAGGUGUACAUUUGUUUUAAUGGGUUCUGAGUAAUUGUAAUUUAUUUAUUAUUUAUUUAUUGUGAGGUGGAGUCUUAGGAGAUCUGACUGGCCUUCAACCCUGUCCUGUGGCUUUAGACCUGUGUCAGGGGCGUGCUGCUGAGUAUGGCAACGAUUUUAAUUUUGAAGAUACAAGCUUACUGUGCUAUACACACACUUUUCUUUUUUCUUUCUUUUUUUUUUUUUUUUUUUAAGUCAGGAUCUCACUAAGUAGCCCAGGCUGGCCUGGAGCUCACUGUGUAGACCAGGCUGACUUUGAGCUUACAAAGACCUGCCAGCCUCAGCCUCCCAAGUGCUGGGAUUAAGCAUGCUGAUAUAAUUUAUUAUCAAGCCUUUCACUUACUUCUCCUCAGUUACCUGGCAUCAUUGACAGUGCUUUCAAAAGCUAAGGCACUAGAGAGUUGGCUCCGCAGCUAAGAGCAUUUUGCUGCUCUUAGAGAGGACCUGAGUUCAGUUUCCAGCAAAUUACAUGGUGGCUCACAACUGCCUGUAACGCCAGUUCCCAGAGAUCUAAUACCCUCUUCUGAGCUCCUGCACGAAUGUGGCACACAUACACACACUCAGGCAUAAGCACACAUACGUAAAAAGAAACAUUGAAAAGGUAUCAGAAACAUACAGUUAAGAUAAUUAAACCUGCCAUUAUAAAACAUCAGGGUGACGUUUAUUGCUAUGAAGUUUAGAACCUCGUUCAAGAGUGGCAUUUGUGAGUGGCUUGAUGUGGGUGCUAGGACCUGAACUGCAGUCCUCUGGUGGACUAGUAAAUGCUCUUUCUCCCUGUGGAGACAAGGUCUCCCUACACAUCCUUGGCUGGCCUAGAAACCAUUGUGUGGACCAGACUGGCCUCUAGCUCCAGAUAGGUGUUUGCCUCUGCCUUUCUUGAGCUGGGAUUUAAGGUGUGUGUCGCCACACCUAGCUGCUGUAAGCACUCUUAAGUGCUGAGCCGCCUCUCAAGGCCCCUCCUAAGUGUUUUAGAUUGUGUGAACACAUAAGUGCUUCUACCAAGAUCUCUCCUAGUGAGUGAAAGUGACUCUCAUAAUAUAGUCUACACCCGCAAAAUUGUCCUGAGGACCCAGGAUUUGUUAUUAAUAGUGUUAUAUUUUUGACCCCUCACAGUGCUGGUGCCUCUACUAAAAAUUAGAUCAAGGUCGCUAUAAAACCUCAUAUGCCCUUCAAAGUACCUUCAAUUAAAAAUGUAUCUUUUGCUGUGUGUGGGUGCUGCCCGCAUGGCUGUGUGUGCACACGUGCACACGUGCACACGGUGCUUGCAGAGCCGGGAGAGGGCAGCAUGUCUGCCCGGAGUUACGGGAGGUUGUGAGCCGCGCUGGGAGCGCCGGGAACAGAACUCGGGUCUUCUGCAAGAGCACUGUAACUACUGAGCCACCUCUCCAGCCCCCAGGUUGGUUUGGUUGGUUGGUUUUAAAUACACGUAGCAGCGGAAAAUGUGUGUAACCAGCAAAACCUCACACCUGUCUUGUGCAUACAUCGGAGAAAUUUUCCCCAUGAAGCUAUGACUGAUUUUUGUUAACACUUAAUGAUCUAAGCUUCAUUUACAAGAAAAUGAUCACCAAAUUUAGCCUCGGUAAUGAACAUGGCCUCCCAAGAGAAUAACUUUAAAGAAAGUCCUUUCUUGGUGAUUUUAGCAAAGAGCGAGCUGUUUAAGCUUACUCGUGGGUUGAGGAUCUAGCCCAGCUAAGGUGCUUGCCCAGCACACCCAAAGCCUGACUCACUUUAAGAAGUAAAACUGAAAAGGAGGGGGCAUAUAGUAGCUUUUAAUUGGAUUUGAUCAAGGGGGCAUUUUGAACAUUUGAGCUAUGUAACUGUUUUACAGCUAAAGCCAGUUUUUGGAGUCAUUGGUCUUAAAAUUUGGAUAAUGAGUUAUUUGCUCUUUUUUUUUGUUUGAUUGUUUGUUUUGUAAUUUGAAAAAAAAAAAAUCCCAUUGCAAACAUGAUUGUUUCUCUCUUUGGUUUGACAUAGACUAAAACUGUACCUGGGCCAGCGUCCCCAGACCUCAGCACCGCGACAGUGUCAGCCAAGCACGCCACCCAGAAGUGCACGCAGGUCCCUUCCAGUUCCCGUGCUUCUACGCAGGAUUCGGAUAACUGGGGGUCGUGGGGUGUAGCUUAGUCCUGCUUUCUUUCACAGACUUUGCCUCAACUGUUUCAUAGGAAUGAGAAAAUAACUCAAGGCCGCAGUUGCCUUCGUGACUGGAAGGACCAGGCGCUCCCAGCUGGGCGUGCCGGGCUCAGUGUUCAGGAUCAUGGGUUGUGAGUACUGGGGCCUCACUCACUACGUCACAUAGUUCCUCCAACAACAGCGCCUGGGGAGCGAUUCCUCAGGGGAGUCAAAUGAUGGCCGGUCACAAAGGUACCGCACUGCGCCGAAUACCCUUGCCUUUCUUUCAUCAGCUCCUCCCACCUGUGCGUUCUAACUCGAAAGUUACAGCUACAACAGACUGAACUUCGCAGUAUUAAGCUUGGGCGUUUUAAGUAUCUUUCGGCAUCUGGCAUUCUUCUUGUCUGCGCAUCAUAGUGUUUAUCUGAAGAUUUUUAAUUAUUUUAUGUUUUGAAAGUUCAAACUCUCUUAGCCAACCUCAUAUUCCAAAUGUACCUAGCGCUCCAUGUGUGAGCCCUUGUCCCUCCCCCUCCCUCUUCUACAGAGGGCACCAGCUUACCCUGUAGGUGUAUAAAUACAGCUGACCAUGUGACAGGGUCAUGCUGGGUUUGACCAGCGUGGUAUUUUCCUAGUUUUGAGAAAUUGUUUCUUUUAAAAUAAUUUAUAAUUGAUUUUUUUAAAUGUGAUUUCUAUAUUUAAUAAUUAGAUAACCAAAACCUUUUAAAUGAAGAGUGCUUUGUAAUUUGGAGAAUACAGUCCUUUUACUGUGGGGAAAUGUGAUAUUCUCAGUAAAUGCAAUAAAAUUUUUUAGCAAGUUUCUGUAA